AUGUCACGAGAGACAUUCGACAUACCGAACAUAGGUAGCAACAAGUUCUUAAAAGUCACACCUAAUUUAUUUACACCAGAACGAUUAAAUCUAUUUGAUGAUGUCGACCUUUAUCUUACGUUAAUAAAGGCAUCCAAGUGUGUUGAACAAGGAGAAAGACUGCACAAUAUAAGUUGGAGAAUCUUGAAUAAAGCUCUUUUGAAGGAACAUAAUAUCAAUCGACCCAAAAAGAGAGAUGGUGUGAAAAACAUUUACUAUGUCCUAAACCCAAACAACAAGCAGCAAAUAAAACCUAAACCGGUUGCUGUAAAACAGUCACCAUUAAAAAAUGCCAGUGUACCUCCCACAACAGUAAAGCAGAACGUUUUGGCUCGACCCAUGACAUCACCAGCCAUUGCACAGGGUGCCCACGAUAGAUACGUGGAUAACUCCAAUAUUACAAACAACGAUGUGAAAAAUGAUUUCAUUUCAAGCAGACAAUACUCAAAAUCUACCGCAUCGGGAUUAUUUUCAAGUUUCACAGACAAAUAUCAAAAAAUGAAGAACGUGAACCAUAUUCCCAAAAAAGAAGAGCCACAAACUAUUAUUACUGGAUUUGACACGAGCACUGUUAUCACCAAGAAACCAUUGCCACCAAGGCGGUCAAGAUCACCCUUCCAGCAUGUGAGAGAUAUGAGCAUGAACUCUAUAGAUAAUGAGACUUCCAAAAGCACCAGUCCAAAUUUUGAUAAUGCGGGAAGUAGAAAGUCCUCCCUUCCUCAGAAGGAGUCUCUGUUUGGAAGGCCAAGAUCCUAUAAAAACGAUCAAAAUGGGCAAUUAUCGCUUUCUAAGGCAUCUUCCAGAAAGGGGAAGAAUAAAAUCUUCUUCAGUAGUGAAGAUGAAGAUUCCGAUUGGGACAGUGUCUCAGAUGAUUCAGAAUUUUAUGCAGACGAAGAUGACGAGGAUUAUGACGACUAUAAUGAGGAAGAAGCGGACCAAUACUAUAGAAGACAAUGGGACAAACUUUUAUUCGCGAAAAACCAACAAAACCUUGACUCAAGAAAAUCAUCUGUUUCCUCGACUAACACCAUUAACUCGAACACAUCUCACGAUCCGGUACGAAGAAGUCUACUGAGUGGACUAUUCCUUAGUGAAGCAAAUAACGGUAGCGGCAGCAACAACCACAAUAAUGCGCAUAACGAAUUUAAUUCUAGAAACGCUUCACCGAUACCCCAGCUCUCUCAUAGUAAUACCGGCAGCCAGCCACAACAGAAUCUAGCGAAUGCUAAUGGCAUGAAACAACAAAAGCCCUCUUUGAAAACAAGCAAUGUGACGGCCCUUGCAUCGUUAUCUCCGCAACAGGGAACUAACAUUGGGCGGUUGCCGAUGGAAAUUCAAAAGGACUUUAAGAGUAAUAGUGGAUCCAAUCACCCGUAUGAAUCUAAUGCUCCCCUAACGGCGCAGACCAUCUUACCCACCGCCUUAUCUACACACAUGUUCUUGCCAAAUAAUAUUCACCAACAACGAAUGGCGAUGGCCACUGGAAUGAAUCAGCGGCAUCGCUUCCCGAGACGUGAGUCGAUGGAUAUUCCAUCCAAAAAUAGGAACACAGGAUUUUUAAAGACAAGAAUGGAAAUUUCUGAAGAGGAGAAGAUGGUACGUACCAUAUCAAGGUUCGGCAACACAAAUGCUGCAGACAAUAAUGAGAACGGUGAUGACGGUGCCGCGAAGCAGAGUAAACAAGAAACGCUGGAGGCUACCGAAGAUAGUACAGCACGAAUAUGA